UCAUGCCUCUGGGCAGGAUAUCCGUUCCCUAAAAGGGCCCGAGCUGCAACCAGCGCCCCUUUCGCCCGGAAGGCCGCGCUGGGUGCUCCGGCUGGCUGGCUCGCUUGCUGGCUGGCUCGCUCCCCGGGCGCCCAUGGCCGAGCCGGCUCCGCCGGUCUAUGUGCACAGCGCCGAAUACGUGGCGCGAUGCGACGCCCUCUGCAAAAUGCCCCAGCGGGUUCCGGCCUGCCUCACCCACCUGGCCCUUCAUUUUCCUAGGGUCGUCAAGCCCAAGGUGGCUUCCAUGGAGGAGAUGGCAAGCUUCCACACUGACGCCUACCUGCAGCAUCUCCAGAAAGUCAGCGAGGAGGGCGAUGACGACCAUCCCGAAUCUGUAGAAUAUGGACUAGGUUAUGAUUGCCCAACCACUGAAGGGAUCUUUGACUACGCAGCCGCAGUGGGAGGAGCCACCAUCACAGCAGCCCAGUGCCUGGUGGAUGGCAAGUGCAAGGUGGCCAUCAACUGGCCCGGAGGCUGGCAUCACGCAAAGAAAGAUGAAGCUUCUGGCUUCUGUUACCUGAACGAUGCUGUCCUGGGCAUCUUACAGCUGCGACGGAAAUUUGACCGUGUCCUCUAUGUUGACUUAGAUUUGCACCACGGGGAUGGCGUAGAAGAUGCCUUUAGCUUCACCUCCAAAGUCAUGACAGUGUCUCUGCACAAGUUUUCGCCAGGUUUUUUCCCAGGAACAGGUGACGUGACAGACGUGGGCCUGGGGAAGGGGCGCUACUACAGUGUUAACGUCCCCAUCCAGGACGGCGUUCAGGAUGAGAGAUACUACCAGAUCUGUGAGACGGUGCUGAAGGAGGUCUACGUGGCAUUUAGGCCUGAAGCCGUCGUCCUGCAGUUGGGAGCUGACACGAUCGCCGGUGACCCCAUGUGUUCGUUUAACUUGACCCCUGAGGGGAUCGGCAAGUGCCUGAAGUAUGUGCUGCAGUGGCAGCUCCCGACCCUCAUCCUGGGAGGAGGAGGCUACCAUCUUGCCAACACGGCUCGCUGCUGGGCAUAUUUGACUGGGGUCAUUCUAGGAAGAACAUUAUCCUCCGAGAUACCGGAUCAUGAGUUCUUCACAGAAUAUGGCCCUGAUUAUGUCCUGGAAAUUACACCAAGCUGCAGACCAGACCGUAAUGAGCCACAGAGAAUCCAAGAAAUACUCAGCCGUAUAAAAGGGAACCUGAAGUAUGUGGUGUAGCAGAAAAGGACCACUCCUCUUUUCGCUCCUGCAAAAUAUCUCCUGGACCAGAGCGUGAGAGUACAAAGCUGUCAGUCGCUGCUGCAGGAUCCCAGAAGAAAACCACUUGGGGGCUCUGAGAAGCUGCUGGCCCUGUUGCCACUGGGGAAUCCCCAUCUGUCACCAAGGACCCAUUGAUGCACCAGUUUCUUGCCCUCUUUUCUAAAGUAGCCGAUUCUUGGGAAAAGCUGGGUGAGGGUUAUGACUUUUUCUUUUUUAAACAAGGAGGUGGCAUUUCCUAGAAUGGCAUCGGUGCUCGUUUUUAACCUUUUAUCUACCACAGGUAGAGCCCACUCAACCAAAGGGGUUGUGGUUAGGCGGGGGUCUUCCUGCUGUAUUGGCAGUAGCCACACCAGAAGGGGGGAGUUGCUUUUUAGAAUUCUUUGCUUUGAAAAUAAAGUAUUUGAUAUAUAUGUA